CGAAGCAAAUAGUCAACUGCGGGCCGAGUCGUCCUACACACGUCGGUUCGACGGGCAGUUCGUCCUCAGCCAAGCUGCCAAAAUUGCCAAAUCAUCGCCCCCACCGCUUCCUUUCCCCCCUCCUCCGCCGCAUCCCGUCCCCUCCCCCUCCCCUCGGCGACCGAAACAAUGGCCGUCCUCCCUUCCACCUGACGCCCCAAUCCAUGAGAAUCCCCGCGCCACAACCCGAUCCUGCCGCCCCAGGAUGUCCCUGCCCGAUGUCGUGUACAGCUGUGGAUCAUGUGGAUAUGCUCUAAAUCUUUCAUCUUCUAACAGAAGCACAUCUGACGUUGGAUCCUCAUACCAAAAAUCUCUGAAGAAGGGUCUGAUUUCAUUCACUUCUGUUGAUCUCAGCCGAUUUACUCAGGUUGACGAGAUAUCUUGUUUUCCUUUCCUCACCUGGCGUAGCUACCGGCCGAAAACGAAACUUCUGUGCCGAAAAUGUGGAUCAUCUAUUGGCUAUGGAUAUGGUGAGCCACCUGUAUUGUGUAGCUUUGAUCCAGCAAGUUCUUCCUCUGGUACAUCCCAAAAUUAUUUGAUAAAGAUUCAGGCUCUCCAACUUUCAGACAGUACUCAAUAA